GUUACUAUCUGUUGAAAUCGAGAUGAUAAAGAGGAUUUGGAGGAAUAAAUUAUAUUGCUUUAUCUACCUUAUCUUAUUAGAGUUACGCAAUUUAAAUGCAAACAUCGCGACGCCUAAAAAUGCGCUCUUACUUUUGGCCGAUGAUGGAGGGUUUGAAAUGCGAUCCUAUUUGAAUAAAAUUUGCCAGACACCUAAUUUAGAUAAUUUGGCAAAAGAAAGUUUGCUAUUUAACAAUGCGUAUUCUUCCGUCAGCAGCUGUUCACCUAGUCGUUCCUCUUUACUCACCGGUUUACCAUGUCAUCAAAACGGAAUGUAUGGUCUUCACCAUGGAAUUCAUCACUUUAAUUCAUUUGAAAAUGUGCAGAGCUUACCAAAAAUAUUAAAGAAAAAUAAUAUACGGACAGGUAUUAUUGGUAAAAAGCAUGUAGGACCAAACAGUGUAUAUCCCUUUGACUUUUCGCAAACAGAAGAGAAUAAUUCUAUACUUCAAGUUGGUCGCAACAUCACUAAAAUCAAACUUUUGGUGAGGGAAUUCCUCUCCAACAAUGACACAAGGCCCUUCUUUUUGUACGUUGCAUUUCAUGACCCACAUCGUUGUGGUCAUUCUCAUCCGGAGUAUGGAAACUUUUGUGAAAAAUUUGGUAACGGAGAUGUUGGCAUGGGUAAUAUCCCUGACUGGUAUCCAAUAUACUAUCAGUGGGAUCAAGUGAAAGUUCCUUAUUUCGUUCAGAAUACAGAAGCUUCUAGGCGAGACAUUGCUGCUCAAUAUACAACUAUUUCUCGGUUAGAUCAAGGGGUAGGUUUAGUUCUGAAAGAACUGGAAAGCGCUGGUUUUAAGGAUAACACAUUAGUGAUCUAUACGUCUGACAAUGGUAUACCAUUCCCUAAUGGGCGAACAAAUUUGUACGAGCCAGGUCUGGCGGAACCUAUGAUGAUCAAAUCACCAAUCCAUAAUCAUAGAAAAAAUAGCGUAACAUAUAGCUUAACAUCUUUAUUGGAUGUUGUUCCAACAUUAUUGGACUGGUUCGAUAUACCCUAUAAGAAUCAAUAUUCAUUCAAUACGAAUGAAGUAUUUCCUCUACAGUUAACAGGCAAAUCGCUUCUUCCUCUUCUCAUCGAAGAGCCAAUAGAAAACAACACUGCUAUUUUUGCUAGCCAGUCGCAUCAUGAAAUUACCAUGUAUUACCCCAUGCGUGCUAUCAGAACCAAAAGAUAUAAACUUAUACACAAUAUUAAUUACAAAAUGCCCUUUCCCAUUGAUCAAGACUUUUAUGUUUCUCCAACAUUUCAGGUAAUCCAAAAAAAAGUAAAGUUACAAUAUUGCAUGCACUUAUUAUUUCCACUUACAAAGCGAUGUUUAUACUACUUAUGUAAUCAUUGUUUAAAUUUGUUAUAUUUAAAGGACCUCUUAAAUAGAACCAGAAACAAUCAACCACUUAUGUGGUAUAAAACAUUACAAAGUUAUUACGAGAGACCCGAAUGGGAAUUAUACGAUUUAAAGUAUGAUCCAGAAGAAAGAAAUAAUAUUGCCUCCAAGUUAUUUGUAAAGGAAAUAUUUACUGAUUUACAAAAACGAUUAUUUGAGUGGCAGAAAGUAACAGACGACCCAUGGCGUUGCGCACCAAGAGGUGUUCUCAAUGAUAAGACUAAAUAUUCUCAAUGUAUGCCACUUGAAAAUCUUCUUUAAAUAUAAUAUACCUAAUUCAAUUUUUGCAAUGAAGAUUUUAUAUCAAAUGUAUUAUAAGGACAAAUAAAAAUCAGUUUCGACAGGA